AUGUAUUCCUUUGUGCUCCUAACGUUUUUGGCAGCAGGUUGCCUGAAAAGUCAUAUAAACGCAGAAUUUGAAUUUAGAAACGCAGUUUGCGAAUCUCUGGACGAAUCAUUCGCAUCAUUUGAAUAUUGUUAUCUUAAGUCCGUAAAUCGAACAUACAAAUAUGGAUCGCUGAAAGUUAAAUUGCAUAAAGUUCCUAUUACGAAAAUAAAAUUAAACUUUGCGAUUUACAAACGCCUUAAUGGUUUCAAGCCAUUCUUGUACAAUGUUACCAUCGAUGCUUGCAAGUUUUUAAAAAAUCGGAAGAUAAACCCUGUGGCUGCAUUUAUUUUUGAGCUUUUCGAAUCAUAUUCAAACAUGAAUCACACCUGUCCCUACGCUCAUGAUGUAUUCGUUGAAAAAGCUCCUGCAUCUAGUGUAAGGGAUAAGCUCACUAAAGUCUUGCCAUUUCCUCCUGGCAGUUAUGGAUUCUUUAGUGUUUGGUAUGCCUAUGGAAUUGCCAGAGCUCAUGUUAAUGUUUACGGCACCCUAUCCUAA